AUGGUUGAUAAUUCGAAACGGCAAUGGUCCAUCAACGAUUUCGAGAUCGGAAAACCACUCGGAAAAGGCAAAUUCGGUAGAGUCUACGUCGCCAGAGAAAUCAAGAGUAAAUAUGUGAUUGCGUUGAAGGUUAUCUAUAAGGAACAACUGGAAAAGUAUAACAUUUUGCAUCAACUAAGGAGGGAAAUGGAGAUACAGAUAAGUCUUAAACAUCCAAACAUCUUGCGUCUCUAUGGUUGGUUUUACGAUGACGAGCGUGUUUUUUUGAUUCUUGAAUAUGCUCAUAAUGGUGAGCUAUACAAGGAGCUUCGCAAAAGAGGUCAUUUCUCAGAGAAGCAAGCUGCAACGUACAUUUUAAGCCUCACAAAGGCAUUGGCAUAUUGUCACGAGAAGCAUGUUAUUCACAGAGAUAUCAAGCCUGAAAACUUGUUGCUUGACCAUGAGGGUCGUCUUAAGAUUGCCGACUUUGGUUGGUCUGUACAAUCUAAAAACAAAAGACAAACCAUGUGUGGAACAUUGGAUUACCUAGCUCCUGAGAUGGUAGAAAACAGAGGUCAUGAUUAUGCCAUUGAUAACUGGACUCUAGGUGUCCUUUGUUAUGAGUUCCUCUAUGGUGUUACUCCAUUUGAGGCUGAGGGUCAAAAUGAAACCUUCCAAAGGAUAAGAAAUGUUGAUCUGAGCUUCCCUCAUACCCCUCUUAUUUCUAAAAAUGCCAAACAUCUGAUAAGUCGGCUCCUGAUAAAAGAUUCUUCAAAAAGGCUCCCACUUCAGAAGAUAAUGGAGCAUCCUUGGAUAAAAGAAAACACCACUGAUAUGGCUAUCGGCGAGUAG